UGCUCUCAGGGCAGGAGUAGUGUACAGGUCAGUUUUACAGUACAGCGUGCUGCUCCCAGGGCAGGAGUAGUGUACAAGUCAGUUUUACAGUACAGCGUGCUGCUCUCAGGGCAGGAGUAGUGUACAAGUCAGUUUUACAGUACAGCGUGCUGCUCUCAGGGCAGGAGUAGUGUAUAGGUUUGUAAUCAUUAGGUCAGUUUUACAGUACAGUAUACUGUAUAUGUAUGUAUUAUGUAUAUGUAUUAUAUGUAUAACUUUUUUGAAUUUCGUAUCUUCAUUUUUUUCUUUUCCAAGAUAAUGGAGAAUAUUUGGCUUGAAGGGAUAAGGCGAAAGUUAAAGAAAGUAAAGGAUGCCAGAGUCAUUCAAGAGGUCAAACCUUUUUCUGGAGAGGAGACUGAUACAUGCAGGGUUACAUUAAGAAACUGGAAGAGGAAACAAAAAGCAUCUUCAGGUCCCCUGUGUCUACUCAUAAAGACUACUUUUACUUUGCAUGUGAAAGAUCUACCAAAGCAAGUGGGAAAAGCAAAGGAGAACCAACAAAGACAAGAGCUAAUUCUUGCAACGCUUACGUGUCAUUCAAAGUCAUCAAAGAUGGAAGCUUCACAGGUGCUGUGGUCAACAAAAUGCUUCAACACAAUGGACAUGAUGUGUGCAUGAAAGAAGAGGGAGUAAAAAAUCGCAUUGAUGCAGAGUUAUUAACCUUCAUUGAAAUAUGGCUUGGUCAAGGACUGUCAAUUUCAGAAACACUUUUAAAAUGUGUGGACUGGGCAGAGCGUCAUGGACAUAUGGACAAAUAUAAUCGGAGAUAUUAUGUUACACCUGAAGAUAUACGAUUAAUCAAGAAGACCAAUAUUGCUCUUAGUUUUCCUGAUGCCAAAGACUGCAUUAGUGUGGACAAGGUAGUCACAUCAGAGCUUCAGGAAAACAUUUGCUACUACCAGCCUUUGAGUGAAAAUCAACCACUAAUAAUUGUAGUGCAGACACCCUGGCAAAAAGAUAUACUGAAAGAACAGCCCCAUACCAUGGUAUUCAUGGACGCUACUUACAAGGCCAUGACAUCGUAUGGUUAUGCAUUUUAUGCACUUCUCUUGACCAACUCUAUCGGAAGAGCAGUCCCAUUCGCUUACUUUAUUAUUAGUGAGGAAUCAGCGGACAUACUUGCUCUUUGUUUGGAAAAGUUUGCAAAACACAACCCUGGAUUUCUUCCCAGGUCGAUAAUGAUUGACCGUGACCUUAAGGAACUCAAUGCCAUCAGAAGAGUUUUUCCUACAGCCAAGGUACUUCUUUGUUGGUUUCUAGAUAGUUCAGCCUAA